AGGGCUGACCCGAAUCAAUUUUGCGCAAGUAGGAAGUCAACCAUCUUCCUUUUUGUCGCACCGGUUUCAAAGCACAUGUGCUUUGUUAGCACCACAGAGAAAGACUGACCAUCCGUCACAAUGAACACAGAAAAGCUGAAGAAGUUGCAGUCACAGGUGAGGAUCGGUGGUAAGGGCACACCACGACGCAAAAAGAAGGUCGUGCACUCCACCCAAGCCACAGACGACAAGAAGCUGCAGUCCUCCCUGAAGAAACUCUCAGUAAACACAAUACCUGGUAUCGAAGAAGUCAACAUGAUCAAGGACGACGGCACGGUUAUCCACUUCAACAACCCGAAGGCUCAAGCGUCCUUGGCGGCGAACACCUUCGCCAUCACCGGACACGGGGAAAACAAACAAAUCACAGAAAUGCUGCCGGGCAUUCUUAGUCAGUUGGGGCCGGAAGGUUUGAAUCAGCUCAAGAGAUUAGCCAGCACCGUCGCCAACACGGGGUUGGGGAGAAUCGUGCCGGAUGACGAGGAGGACGUGCCAGAUUUAGUGGAGAACUUCGACGAGGCGUCGAAGGCGGAAGUCGCGAAGAAGGACGGCGAGGAGAAGCCGAAAGAAAACUAAUUCUGUUAAGCUUAGUGAGCUUGAUCUUAUUGCUCUUGUUUGUAUGAUUUUUCGAGGCACAUUUUGUGGUGUUUGGUGGAAAUGUGUCAAAUAAUAAUGUACCAAAUCUCUUUUCGUUAAAAUUUAAACAUCCAUCUUGUAUAGAAUAUUUUAUAGGAAAUACAAAAUAUUCUAAUGCAAA